AUGGCUCACCAACAUCAGCAUCACUUUGACGACGCCGCGUCCGUAUCGAGCUACUCCUCCUCCGGAAGCUCGUCCAGGUCGUCCUCCCGAUCAUCCUCCAGCUCAGGCGGUUACAAAAAGUCCAGAUCGUCCACGACAUCCCACUCCAACAUCAAGAGCGACCACUGGGCCGUCUCGUUCAUGAAAUGGACGACGGGCGCACCCCCCGGCAAGCAAUUGGCCCUGCGAAAGACCAGAGUCUGCGACUACGAAGAGGACUGGGGCUACGACGACGACGGCGCCGGCAGCGUGUACAGCGACGCGUCGUACAUCUCGUACGCCUGGGUCAGUCCCAAAUGGGACGAUAGUAUCUCCGAGAUCGCGUCCCGCUCCAGUAGCCGGACGAGCGGUCGGCUCCGAAGGGAGCAGAGAGGUUCUGGUGGGGGUCGGCAUCGGUUUACGGUGCCGCCGGCCUCUUUUCAACCACCACCUCCUCCGCCUCCACCGAAUAUGGCUCCGGGACCUGGGUUUCCCAUGUACGAUGAUGAACCUGCGUUCUUUAAUAUGGGUGGUGGUGGUAUGGAUGACGGGUAUCACCCGGCUCCCAUGCCGGCAUUCGGAGGCGGUGGCGGCGGCGGCGAACCUGCUUUUGUGGAUCUCAAUGCCGGAGGAGGCGGCGGUGGUGGUGGUAACAACUUCCCCGGCAAAUACGCCGAUUGGGAUGAUUGA